AGCACCUGUCAUCACUCCUUUAAACUUCUUUCUCCAAACCUUCCCUCCCCAAAAAAGCUCCUCUCUUGUUUGCACAAAAGAUCAUCAUCAUGGGCCAUUUCAAGCAUCCAUACAUCCAGAUUGCAAGUCAGUUCAACCACUUCUGCAAUCCCAACAAAGCCAUCAGAUUCUUACUCUCUUUCUCAGUCUUAUCUAUCAUAUUUUCAUUACUCCCUUCUCUUCUCCACUCCUUCCAUGUCUACAUCUCUACAUUUCCCAUGAAACUCUUUAGCUACUCUGCUGACAAGAACUAUAUGUUCCUACUCUGCAAUGGGCUCCUCGUUUUUAUUGUCAAGAACUCUGGUCUGGUUGGGAAAUCUCCAUUAGGGGAUGAUCUUACUGAAGAACAUGUCGUGAAGAAAGAAGAUAGUCUGCCAUCAGUACCUAUGGCCAUCGAUGGAAAUAGAAAUGUACUUGUGGAAGUUGAAGAGGAAAAAGAAAUGGCAGAUUGGUCUUUGGUAACAGUAGGAAAAGGAGAAGAUGGGCUUUUGACUAUACACGAUGAAGGUGAAGAAGAUGGUAAUGGUUUCAUUAUCAUUGAAAAAGAAGAAGAUGAAGAGGGAGAAGAAUCUGGGCUGAUGAGUACAGAAGAGUUAAACAAAAGAUGUGAUGAUUUUAUAAGAAGGGUUAAAGAAGGAAUCCAAUUUGAAGCCAAACAACUGAUCGUUAUUUGAACUUGACCAUGUUAAAAAAAAAAGGAUGUCGAUCGGAAUAACUGAUCAGUUGUUCGGAAGGAAUCAGAAUUGUAUUAUCUUCUUUACAUGUCUUUAAUUAGAUUAUGUGUAGGAUUUUACUCCCCCAGCCCUCUAUAGUUCUGCUGAUUCUAAUUCUAAGUUAGCUCAAAUGUGUUCGGGUGAGAAGUUUUGGGGCCUACAUCAUUUGUACUAGUUCUUUAGAAGCAGAGCAUGAGUUGUUUUGAAGUUAUCAUCCCAUUAAAUUUAUGGGAAAAAUACAAAAUCAAUAUUUGUGGUAAUGUGGCAUAUUUUGACAGUUUUGGGUUAAAAUUUUAAAUGGAAGUUUGGGGUGGGGAAUUAUUUGUUA